AUGAUCAAGCGCUUCCUUCUCUUCGUGCUCUUAAUCAGUCCAGGUGCUGUCAGUGACGCUUUACUGGCUCUUAAGGCCAGCACGGUGCCUGAUGGCACUAUUUCCGUCAACGAGCAGGCUGCGAAGGACAAGGUGCGCGGAAAACAAGCGCUCGAACCAAGCGAAGACAUAACUGCUGCUGCGGCUGGUGAAGAAAGAGCGCCAAUUUCGGUUCCUGUGCUGGAGGGGCAUUUGAAGGAUACUUCGGAGAAGAUGUACGACUGGAUUUCUCGGAUGGCGAGGAAGUCUGCAUUUUGGAAGAAGGCGAAGUCUGCCCUGACAAAGGAGGAGAAGGCUUUGCAGAAGGUUGCCUGGAGAAAGGUAGAAGAGGCCUCUUGUGUCACGGAGACCGCCUGGAGAAACGAUUUUGGGGAGAAAUUAGCUGAAUAUGAGAAAAAGCUGCAAAACGCUCGUGCUGCCUGGGAUAAGGAUAAAGCGGCCCGAAAGAGGAUUGAAGCAGCCCGAGAGACGAAUGAAGCAGCUUGGGAAGCAAAACUAGCAGCCACGGGUGACGAAAAAAUAAAAUCACUGUCCCUGUUGGCGAGGAGUGAUUUGUCGAAGGACAUCCGGAUGUUUAAGGACCUGGAAGCAGAAUGGCAAGCGAAAAAAAAUGCCUGGAUCAAAACAGAGACAGAGUUAAAGGCUGAUGUUCUCUCUACGAAAGUGCUAUUGGUUAAUAAGUUGGUCAAGACGUACCAACCACAGUUCGAAAAGCUGAUGGCGCAUGGCAUUACUCGAGAAGUAUACCAAAACCUGCUUGGUCUGGAAUCGUCCACCAUUGCCAAGUACCGCUGGAAAAGAGAUCUCAUUACGAGUUACUCCGUCGAUGAGCUGAAGUACGCGAAAUAUCUGUAUUUCGACAAGUACCUUGAAAACGAGGGAGAACUCAGCAAACUAGAGGAUUGGGCCGUAAAAUUCGUUUGA